CCUUUAGUAUGGAUGUUGAAGGUGCUGGCUACGUCGGACAUCAUGCGAUGACAACGCGAACACAAUCGACCUUUACAAGUACGCUCUGAAAGACACAGCCGAGGCAAUUCAGCGUCGGCGCCAAAAGUCUUCGUAUCGCCUCGUUCGAUUUAUGUGUCCUCGAUAUGUGUUUUGGAUUCGCAAAUCCACGUUCGCCGUAAUGAACGGUCUCUUGUUAUUGCUCAUCGUCUUGGUCAGCUUCCUGGUUCUUUUAUUGGCUUUCUUCGCGCUUUCUUCAUGCUUAGGUGAUGAUAUCCGCGCCGCAUGGGCCGGCCAGCGACGUUCCGUAGUCCCAACAACAUACGGCUUGCAGUAUGCGCGCGUGAUGGGUCAUGGCGGCACACAGGCAGGGUGGGAGCAUAUCGAGAUGGAGGAUAUGCUCGACAAGCGCCUUGGUGCAGACAAUGAUUGAGCAGCGCUCGAUCAGUUCGCAU